CCCUCUUCUUUGUGGCAACCCCUGAGAUAUUGGAAGACUGCUAUCAUGUCACUCUAGUCCUUUUUUUUCAUUAAAUAAACAGAACUAGGCCUUAAUGAUUUUGAACUCCAAGCCUGGCAGGAGGCCACGAUGCUGCCUUUGGAACUUCCUUUCAAUGGAGUGACACAGAAGGUCAGAAAAGGAUAUCUUUAUUAAGACUUCUAAGGUUGCUCACCUAUAUUUAUUCAGACUCCGAACUUGCAAAAAACAAAUGCAAAUGUGCAACUUGCAUUAAUUACUAAUUUUCUGGUUUGAAAUCUUCACCGAAUCACAACACACACCGCUACCCACAUUUGUAAGUUAAACCCUGACGGAAAGCAUGUAGGCCUUCGGAUUCAAUUUCAACACUUGGCUGUCAACCAAGUUAAGACAGCAGCAGCUUCGCCUGUUUUUAUGCGCGGUACACUUAAAACUUCAAGCGCUCCACCACGGCCACCACCUUGAGCUCUUGGGCCCCGAUCUGCGACCAUCCUCGCUUUGCUCCACAAUCCCUUAAAGCAGCUUCGUCCCUGAAUUUCCUCCCAGCUGCUCGGAAGAGAUUCGGCCAAAGCCCCAUUCGGCACCCGUCGCCGCUAAAGAAGCUGCCGCAGGGCCCGCACAAGGCGAAGCGGAGAUCCAACGGGGGCGGUGAGGGGGCUUCGCAUCGAGGACCGCAGAAACCAGCCGCCUCGGCCUGCAAAGAAAGGGGCGUAUUGGAGAGACAGAGGCCGCCAAGGAGUCCGGAAGCGCCGCAGCUCUCCGAAAAGGGCUGCCGGGAGAGGCACCAAAUGAACUUCGCGACGCAGCUGCAUCCGCAAUCACACCGCCUCCCGGCCAAGCCCGGGCUUCCCAUUUAAGACGGAAGAGGAGGCUGGCGAGGAGACCGAGCGGCGGCAUGGCGGCGGGCGAGAAUGACGCGUAUCUGGCCUUCGUGGCUUUGCACGGGCCCGCGCUCAGCGCCUCCGCGGUGCCCCCGUACUACUGGCCCAGCCUGUGGCGAAAGCUGGAAAACGAGGUCUUCGAUGCAGGUGAAUACUUUGGGAUAAUGCAGGUGGAGGAAGCAAAUGAAGAAAGAGAUAAGGAAGAAACAGAGGAGGAACCGAAAAGGAAAUCCAAUCUUGGCAAUGAACUUUGCUACAAAGUGAUAGUCACAAAUGAAAAUGGUCUUCAGGCAUCAAAUUGUGACAGCGUUUUUCUUAUCGAUCAUGCCUGGACGUACCGUGUGGAACAUGCCCGCCAACAGCUUAUGGAGGUUCCUGGCCUGCUUCACAGAAUGGCCAACUUGAUGGGAAUAGACUUCCAUGGAGAGGUUCCCGAUGAGGCAGUGGUCAAUCAAGUCUUAGAAGAAAUGUGGAGAUACAACCAGACCUAUCAGCUGUCAUGUGGGACAGCUGAGGAGAAAGUCCCAGUUUGGUACAUUAUGGAUGAGUUUGGAUCCCGUAUCCAGCAUUCAGACGAGCCCACUUUUGCAACAGCACCUUUGUUUUACAUGCCACAACAAAUUGCUUAUACUAUUCUCUGGCCCUUAAGAGACCUUGAGAAUGGUGAAGAAGUAACCCGGGAUUACGCCUAUGGGGAAACUGAUUGUUUAAUUAGAAAAUGUCGGCUGCUGCCAUGGAGAUCCAGUGAGCUGCUCAAUGUCAGCUGUUUCAUCACUGAACCCUCAGAUGAUCACUAUCAGGCUAUAUUAACUGAAAACAAAGAAAAACUGCCAACUUCAAUAAAGCUUCCCAUUUAUGAGAAGAAUAAAAUCUUCAAAGUUUACACCGAUCUCCAGCAGGUGCGUCAGAACCUGAAUCACCCCCGUUUUGAGUUUACGGACUUGGAACAAGAAGCUGAUAUUCUCUACAUCUUCACCCACUUCAAAGAUUACAGAAAACUAAGUGAAGACAAACCUCAUGUGAUGGUGAAUCAGUUUCCGUGUGAAAAUCUCUUGACUGUGAAGGACUGCCUGGCCUCAAUUUCAAGAAGAGUUGGAAAUUCAGAGGGGCCAAAAUGGCUACCUCACACUUUCAAUCUUUGUACCGAAUUGCCACAGUUCAUCAGUUUCUUUCAGCAACGUGAGAACAGAGGAAAAGACAAUCAUUGGAUCUGCAAACCAUGGAAUCUGGCUAGAGGUCUGGACACUCACAUCACCAAAAGUCUUAACAACAUCAUCAGACACAGAGAGAGCCUCCCUAAGGUAGUGUCUAAAUAUAUUGAAAAUCCGGUUUUGUUUCAUCUUGAAGAUGUGGGACUGGUUAAAUUUGAUGUCCGAUAUAUCGUGCUGCUGAGAUCAGUUAAUCCACUCAAACUGUAUGUUUACGAUGUGUUUUGGCUCCGAUUCUCAAAUAGGCCAUUUUCACUUGAUGAUUUAGACGAUUAUGAGAAGCAUUUUACUGUUAUGAAUUAUGUUCCUGGGAUAUCUUUAAAGCAAAUCCAUUAUGAUGAAUUUAUUCCACUUUUUGAGAAGCAGUACUCAGAAUAUUCUUGGAAAACUGUUGAAGAAGACAUCUUUAAGGCAUUCGUUGAGUUAUUCCGAGCAGCUUGUGCCAAACCGGCACCCCUUGGCAUCUGUGAUUAUCCGUCUUCACGAGCUAUCUAUGCCAUUGACCUGAUGCUGAAAUGGGAAUCAUCUGGUAAUGGGAAGCAACGUAUGCAGCCCCAGAUUCUAGAGGUGAAUUUCAACCCUGACUGUGACAGAGCAUGCAAAUAUCAUCCAUCAUUCUUCAACGAUGUUUUCUGUACCCUGUUUUUGGAUGAGCCCAACAACUGCCACGUGACAUCUAUUGUUUAGGUCCACAUAGCAUAAUUUGGCUAAUGUGUAUUUCAGAAUGGUAUAUUUCAGUUCUGUGAGCUGUUUAGUGCAUUUUUUUUUCCUAUAGCAUCUGUCAGAACAAAAUGUCCCUUAGGUCAUAUAGAAUAUAUGCAUAAUUUACAUGCAAGAAGUAAUUUGCUUUGGAAAAUAUUCGCAUCGGUCUGCUCAAUUUGUUACAGCUUGCUUUAACAAAGUAUGCUUUUACAUAUAUAUUGAAAAUCACUAAGCUUUACUUGCAAAUCAGUUUCAUUUUUGGCUAUAAUUAUCAUGUUUUUAAUUUUUCUGUGGAAGUAUACCUGUACAGCAUUUUUAAGCUUGCUUUACUUUCUUGAUAUACUGCAUUUGAAGUAAUUAUUUUAUCCAACAGAAUUAUGUUCCCACCUACUUCCUUUAAGAUGCUUUGCUUAAAUAAUGAUAUGAAACUUACCAUUUCAAAAGAUUCAGCUGGCUCAUAUGAUCCAUGAUAUUUCAUUAUUUUUUUAAUAAACAAUUAUCAGCAAAUUAUUAAUAA